GAAUAGUCCACACACAGGGACAGCCCCACUGUCUGUGGGUUUCCCUGUCCUGGGAAUCCAGGAAGAGGAGCUUCAAAUAAAAGGCCCAGUGCUAUCCCGCCUUUCACUCAUUCCUGAUUUACCAGCAUCGUAAAGCUUGCUGAGAUGUUUUUCAGACUAACAAGACUGACUCCUGGAUACAUCAGGCUGCUGCAUACCCAGGCCUACCGUAAUGUAGCUAUGAUGCCCCCUGUGGAGAAGACCAUGCCUGGCAUGGCCAUGCUCCUGGGGGCCUUGGGGAUCGGGAUGUGCGGCUACAGCUCCAGGCAGUUGGCCCUCCACCACCGGCCCUCCUCUCGUGUGCUGCAGUUGGUCGGCACACACACAGAUGCCAGCACGAUGGGCACAGCGGCUCCUAAGAGCACCUUCCACGAUGUAACACGCCGGGCUGGUGCAUACCAGGAGAUCCUGCCUCCAUCCUUUGUUGGCCAGAAAGUUCCAGUGAAAUAACAUGUGAUAGUUUGGUUGUAGAUCGGCUGACAUCAUGGGUUGAGUUCGAGUAACUACACUUUCACAGGUCCGAGAUUGUAGCUAUGCUGGCCCAUGGUUCAAGUGUGGCCCUUGUGCUCUCUUGUGUUGUGCAGGUUUGGAUAUUUGACUGACCUCAACCUUUGUUGUCAGGGAGUUGGAUGUUUUGUAGAAAUAAGGAGUUCUGUGAUUAGUGCAACAUAAAACAGAUCAAACGCCGUUGGGUUGUUAAAUUAAUCUCUAAUGUUAGGAUCUGUAAAGCACUGAGAGGGCACUGAGCAGAAUUAAUGAUUGCAUGAGUACGUAAUGAUGCAGGAACCUCACGAAGACUGUAGCUGAAUGUAGCUUGGAGGAGCUAACAUGUUUAAUUUGGAGACAUUAUGUCUUUUUGAGACAUGGCGAAAAAAAGGAAUUGACACUUGGCAGUGCCCCUCUGAACACAGAUG